CUUUGAACUCAUAUUUAGCCAGAGAAGAAGGAACGAUUUUUUGUACAAAAUUUGUACCACAAACUUAAUUUCCAAUUUUAAUUAUUUUUGCUACAAAAGUACCAAAUUUAUUGAAAAUGCGACGAAGAGGAGUGGGUGUGGGUGCCGUGAAGGACUUGAAGGCUGGCCAGGAAAAGUAUAAAGAAAAGGGAAAUCUGCUUCAGGAAAAUUUAAUUGACGAGCUAUCCAGGAAUCUUGACCAAUUUAAAACCAAAUUGGAAGCCUUCGCUGCGAAACACCGAUCCGCGAUAAAGAAGGAUGCCAAGUUCCGAGAACACUUUCAGGACAUGUGCGCCACAAUUGGGGUGGACCCUUUAGCCUCGUCGAAAGGAUUCUGGUCAGAAAUGUUGGGUAUGGGGUCGUUCUAUUAUGAAAUUGCGGUCCAGGCCGUGGAAGUCGUCUUAUCGACGUCCCACCUCAACGGGGGAGUCAUGUCGUUGGGAGAACUUCAAAAUAGGCUGAAUAAAUCCAGGUCAAAGUCACUUAAACAGACGGAAGUUUCAUGCGAGGAUAUUCUACGAGCCAUAAAGUCACUCAACGUCUUGGGAAAGAGUUGUGGCGUUAUCGCGUCGGGCAAGUCGAAGUCGGAGUACCUGAUAUUUUGUGUGCCUGAAGAGCUAAGUCUGGACAAUACGACCGUCGUCCAGUAUGCGGCACAAUCAGGCUCCCCUUUCGUCACGGUGGACAGUAUUUGUUCCAAUCUUGGUUGGACAACGCAACGGGCCGACAGUGUUAUAAAAACGUUAAUAUGCGAAGGAAUUGUGUGGGUUGAUGACACCUCGAGAGGACGAAUGUACUGGUUCCCUAGUUUAUUUAUGGCCAAUAAAGGCUUCGAUUAAGCAUAUAAAUUUAUGUACCGAAUUUUUGGAAAUUGUUUUAAUCGUGUUUAUUAUCAAAUUUAAAUUUUACUUUCGUUUCGUCCUCACAAUUUUUAAAUAUACUUAAAUUUUAAUCUUGUUUGGAACCAUUUUUACGAAAUGUAUUACUUUUUUAUUUUAUGAAAUGCUGCCUGUAGAUACAUACGUAAUAAAUUAUAUUAAUCAUCGUCCCUGCGAACGAUGGCCAAAUUAUUUAAAUAAAGUAACCCGUUAAUACAUA